AAUCAAUCUAUAGUCUUAUCUAAAUGGUGCAUAGUCGCUGAUUUCCAUCCUUUCAUAUUUAUGCAAUCGUUCAAAACAAUGGCCUAAAAAAGCCUAUAAAAAUCCAUCCAAUUUAAUCAUUUAUACAAACCAAACAAUUAAAGCUCACUCACACUAUGAGACACCUCAUCGCACCUCCGUGGCCUCUCCUUCUUCUCCUCCUCCUCUCUUCUCUCAGCUCCGGCGAGUCCUCGCUGUUCGAAGAAAAAGUCAAACUCGACACUGGCGGUCUCACUAGACAUAGUUUCCCAAAGGGGUUCGUGUUCGGAACCGCCACGUCAGCUUAUCAGGUCGAAGGCGAGACUCACCAAGACGGUCGCGGGCCAAGCAUUUGGGACGCUUUCGUCAAAAUUCCUGGAACUAUCGCCAAGAAUGCCACGGCUGAGAUAACAGUGGAUCAGUAUCACCGUUACAAGGAAGAUGUGGAUUUGAUGAAGAAUCUGAACUUCGAUGCUUAUAGAUUUUCCAUUUCAUGGUCCAGAAUAUUCCCUGAGGGAGCCGGUAAAAUCAACUGGAAAGGAGUUGCUUAUUACGACAGAUUGAUCGAUAACUUGAUCCAAAAAGGGAUUACACCGUAUGCAAAUCUGUACCACUACGAUCUUCCAUUGGCUUUGGAAAAGAAAUAUAAAGGCUUGCUUGGUAAACAAGUUGUGAAAGAUUUUGCGGAUUACGCGGACUUUUGUUUCAAGACAUUUGGAGAUAGAGUGAAGAACUGGAUGACAUUCAAUGAGCCACGUGUAGUAGCUGCUUUAGGUUAUGAUAAUGGUAUAUUUGCGCCGGGACGAUGCUCUAAAGCAUAUGGAAAUUGCACAAAAGGAAACUCUGCGACUGAGCCAUACAUUGUUACUCAUCACCUUAUCUUGGCCCACGCAUCAGCCGUCCAAAGAUACCGCAAAUAUUACCAAGAGAAACAAAAGGGAAGAAUUGGGAUUCUUCUAGAUUUCGUUUGGUACGAGCCUCUUACUAGAAGUACAGCAGAUAACUAUGCAGCUCAAAGGGCAAGAGACUUCCAUAUCGGAUGGUUUAUUCACCCAUUAGUAUAUGGAGAGUAUCCAAAGACAAUGCAGUAUACCGUGAAAGAGAGGCUACCAAAAUUCACGGAGGAAGAAGUGAAAAUGGUGAAAGGUUCCAUAGAUUUCGUGGGAAUCAACCAAUACACGACUUAUUACAUGUCAGAUACUCAUAAUUCCACCAUACCUAAGGAAUUAGGUUACCAACAAGAUUGGAACGUCACUUUUGGCUUUGCUAAGUUGGGGAAGCCAAUCGGUCCAAGAGCAUACUCGAAUUGGUUAUACGACGUGCCAUGGGGAAUGUACAAGGCCUUGAUGUACAUGAAGGAGCGUUACGGCAACCCAACUAUGAUUCUCUCCGAAAACGGCAUGGAUGAUCCGGGAAACGUUACGCUAGCUCAAGGACUACACGACACGACGAGAAUCAAGUAUUACAAAGACUACUUAACUCAACUUAAGAAGGCGGUUGAUGAUGGAGCCAAUGUGAAGGGAUAUUUCGCGUGGUCGUUGCUUGAUAAUUUCGAAUGGUUGUCCGGAUAUACUUCAAGGUUCGGGAUCGUUUAUGUUGAUUACAAAACCUUGAAGAGGUACCCCAAGAUGUCUGCUCAAUGGUUUAAGCAACUUCUGAAACGAAACAAGAAAUGAUCUUAAAUAUGUUUUCAUGGAUGCAUUUAGAUUUUAAGGUGUUGGAAUUACUAUUGACAGAAGGUCGAUUUAAUUAUAUUGUUGUCUGUACUUUUAAUAAGGGGUGGAUUGUAUACCUCGAAGAACUCUCUCUCCUUCUUUGACUUUUCAAUGGAAAUAAAAAAAGGUCAAACAUCCAUGCAAAAAACUUGGCUAUUGUAUUUCUUGUACUGUAGAUUUUACAAUAUAUGAAAAAAAUAUCCUUAAUUCGAAUG